GGGGAUGAGUAACCAGCUGACGUUGCUGGGCAGUCAUGAUAAUCACUACAACAAAAUGGUGAAGAUGUACUCCAACUGCAGCGUGGUUCUGGAGAACCUGGAGAUUACCUACACUCUGGAGCACCACGACCUCUCCUUCCUGAACUCCAUCAAAGAGGUUGGUGGCUACGUCCUGAUCGCCAUGAACGAGGUGCCCACCGUCCCGCUGAGCAAUCUGAGGCUGAUUCGAGGUCAGAGCCUCUACGAUGGACGCUUUGCCCUGCUGGUGAUGUCCAACUACAAUAACAACUCAUCUGCAAGCAUCAGCUACACCAGCGGGCUCAGACAGCUGCUGCUCAGCAACAUGACCGAGAUUUUAACCGGAGGAGUGAAGGUGAUCCAUAAUCCUCUGCUGUGUAACGUGGAAACGAUCCAGUGGUCGGACAUUGUGGACAAAACCCGUAAUCCUGUCAUGCAGAUGGUGAUGGAAACCAUCCCACAACAUUGUGAGAAGUGUGACCCCGGGUGCUUUAACGGGUCGUGUUGGGCAGCCGGACCAGAGCACUGUCAAAAAUUCACCAAGCUGUUGUGUGCACAGCAGUGCGAUAUAAGAUGUUUUGGACCCAAUCCUGGCGACUGCUGUAACAAACACUGUGCUGCAGGCUGCACCGGGCCCCAUGCAACCGACUGCCUGGCCUGCAGGGAUUUUAACGAUGAUGGAACCUGUAAGGACGCCUGUCCUCCUAUGAAAAUCUACAACAAAAAAAACCAGGUGGUUAUGAACAACCCCAGCGCCAAGUACACGUAUGGAGCCACGUGUGUGAAGGCCUGUCCAGAUAAUUACGUGGUGACAGAGGGUUCGUGCGUUCGCUCAUGCAGCACAGGAUCAUAUGAGACGCAGGAGAACGGAGUCCAAAUCUGCAAACCCUGUGAAGGACCCUGUCCCAAAGCCUGUGACGGAAUCGGGUUCGGCUCCCUGACCAACACCAUGGCUGUCAAUUCCUCCAACAUCGACUCCUUCAGGAACUGCACCACAAUCAACGGGAACAUUAUAUUCAUCAAACCCUCCUUCAGUGGAGACCCACACUAUCACAUCCCACCCAUGGACCCUGAGAAACUGGAGAACUUCAGGACACUGAAGGAAAUCACUGGUAGGUCUCAGCAAACUGGUUUUCACUCUGAUUUCUGAUAUUUUUAA